GUGGUGGCUGGCGGCCGCUGGAGGGGCCGUCCGUGGCUGGGUAACCCUGGACACCAGCGCCGUUAUUUUUAAAACGCUGCGUCUGCGUGAAACCAAAGCCCGGUUAUGUGGCCUUUAUGUGGCCUACGUGCGUGUGUUGCGUUCACUGACCGUGGGUCGUCAUGUUUACCGGGCUGCAAAGGGGGUGCGUGCGUGUGCGCGCCUGUGUGUGCGGCACUGCAGCAUGCAGACAGAAGUUGGCCCGGUGAGGGCCGCCGCGGCCCCGUCAGUGCGGGGACCACCGGCGGCUGGGGGACAUCUUGGUCCGGGCGGCGGCUAAAAAUCGGAGGAAACGUCCCGAUGAGGACCGAGACUCUACAGCUGCUCUUCUGGGAGCCAGACAUUCCUCAGCUUUCCGGGACGUCCUAUUGGUAGUCGUCUAGUCUCGCCCCACCAGCCAUUCCUCUCCUCCUGCUGCUGCUGCUGCGGCAGAACCAUCUUGGUGGGGUUCGUCUGAAAAAUGACCCCCAAACUGCCAGGCUAGCUGCAGCUUCACUGUGAUCUCCUCUGUCCUGCAGCUCCAACCUGCCAACUGUUUAGAAACAGCCAGAGAAUAAAAACAGACUGAGAUUCGGUCAGAAACCAAACCGCUUCGAUCAUGUAGGUGGGCUGCAACCAGCACCAGGUAGCUAACGGUGAGUUAGCAACUUGAGGUAGACUAGUAGCGUGGCUCUGGCGUAACAGAAGGUGAUCAGCAGGGGUGCGAUGGAGUACCACUCCGGUGGCAGCCUGCCCCUGCUGGGGAGACCGCGGUACUGCCCCGGAGCCAACGCUAAUGGAGGAUAUCUGUGUGAGACGGGACACUGCUGCGGAGAGACCGGCUGCUGCACCUACUACUACGAGCUCUGGUGGUUCUGGCUGCUUUGGACCGUCCUCAUCCUGUUCAGCUGCUGCUGCGCGUACCGGCACCGGCGGGCCAAGCUGCGGGUCCAGCAGCAGCAGAGGCAGAGAGAGAUCAGCCUGCUGGCCUACCAUGGAGCCAACUCCUUCCCCUCCUCCAUGCUGGACCUCAGUUUCCUGGCGUCGCUGAAGCUCCCGUCCUAUGAGGAGGUUGCAGCCCAGCCCUCCACUCCUCCUCCGCCGUACAGCUCUGUUUUUACGACUCCUCGAUACCCGCAGCCGCCGCGCGCCGCCGACCCGCACCUGCUCACGCAGCACGGCCCGCUGCUGCACCGGCCGCUGAGCGACGGCCCGUCCUCCUUCAGCUCCGACAACAGCUCCAGCUGUUCCUGCGACUCCUGCUGCCCCUCUUCUCCAUGUAGCUCUUCGCUCUCAGCGCCCAUCACCUACGAGACCGACACAAGCCACGCCUCCACGCCAAGCGAGGCCACGCCCCUCACCCUUGAUGUCACCAUGGAGACCAUAGCGGCUGCAGCCAGCUGCCUGGCGGCCAGCGAGGGCCGCUUCGCCUCUGAGAGGCCAGCGGUGGCCGUCGACAUCGAGGGCGGCGAAGACGCCACAGACUCCUCCCUCCCUCGCCAGACUGUUAGCGUGGCGCCGCCGUCUCAGCCCUCACCUGGCUCGGAGGUCGUCCUCACCGCUGCAGCUUUGUCUCCUGGAAAGCUCGGCACGCCUCCUCCGUGUUCUCCGGUGUUCAGCAGCUCCAGUCCUCUCCCCAGUCCGAGGCUCGAUGCCGUCCAGCUGCCCUCCACUGAGGUCACGAGAACAGGAAGUCUGUCAGGGCCUCCCACGCCAACAGCUGACCCGUCUGACUGCUGCGGGCCGGUCGAAGCUCUGGAGACUCUGGAUUCUCAGACGACAACUUUUGAUCCGCCCGGUGCCGCUUCGACCCCAUCAGCUCCAGACGUUCACAGAACUAUGGCCUUGAAAACGGACUCUGCCAGCCUCCUGACUCCUGAUCAGGAUGUUAGCGUUGUGCCAGCCGAUGCACCUGAAACCCCGACCCAAACUAUAGCGUCUCCAAACCCGACCAGGGACCAAGAACCACUGCUGUCUGAUUGUACUUCAGCCAUUAUUGCCGCCCCUCUGACUCCAAAACCAACACAUUUGAAUCUCAGCCCCGGUUCGAUUGCGCAAACCGUUUCCUCUCCAUCGACUCAGAAGUUAGAACCAUCUCCCGGGUCGGGUUUGGCUCAGAUUCCCUCGAGUCCUGGGUCAGGGCCUUCCCAACACUCUAAUCUAGUUUUGACUGUGAACGGUUCUGGACUGAGUCCAGAACUGCGUGGUUCAUGUGAGUCAAACCUUCUCGCACCAUUGCCUUCAGAUGUUCAGGCAAGUCUUAGCUCUGGGUCAGGAUCACCAACCCUGGUUCCGGUUCCUGCAGACAGCUCUUCUUGUCCAGCAAUCACGAUUGAGUCUGAAACUUGUUUCAUGUCCUCUCCGUCGCCCCUUGCGGUUCUUUCUCCAUCCUCACCCCGAUCUCCUCUUGUGGCACCAGCAUUACUCUUGGACCCCCUCACCGCUCUCCACCCGUCCGACAGAGCCGGUUCCUCCUCCGGCCAUGCGUCCUCCCUCUCCCCGUCACCCCGCGCUACUCAGUCUCCACCGAAACAGACCGUCUUCUCGCCGUGCGUAGACGUCUUCGAACCCGGACCGGCGUGCUGGGAGGACGGAGACGAGGAGCAGGCCGCUGGGGACAGAGAGGAGGACGAAGACGACGACAUGGGAGCGGACGAGAGCCAGUACCGGCACCGCCGUCUCACCGGUGACUCCGGCAUUGAGGUGUGCAGAUGUCGAGUCGAGGAGGAGGACGAGGAUGCAGAAGAGGAAGAGGAGAAAGACGGAGACACGGACAUGCACGACAGCGUGGAUUGUCCUGCAAGAAGUCGGUUGAGCACAGGGGACGAACUUACGCUGUGCAACCCCUCCACCUCCGUCACCACGUCGACCCCUGAAGAGAAAGUCAUUAUCGUCAUGGAGAAAGUGUAACCGAUGAAAGUCGAUGGUUCGGUUCCUCCCUCUGACCUGGAGUACGCCAGGCAGCCAUCAAACUGAGAAGAUGCUUCUGGAGCGUUGUGGUUGACGAUGAAGGCACCGGUGUUACGAGAAAGAUUUGGUUUGGAAGUCAUUUUAUGGGCUUUGGUGCCACGUUCACCAGAUUUAGAGGCGUCUGUUUCAUUUCAGGAUGAUGAAGCUGAAACUUCAUCGUCCUUCCUAAGAGAUCUCCAUGCCCUGCACACUCUUUAACACGUAUUAAAUCACACUGUAACCCAGUCUUUGUUGACUCGCAUCAACAAAUUUUAAUAAAUCCUCUUAACAGUCAAAAAUGGUUAGCAUCGAUCCAAACUACACAAAUUUGCACACAAGGGAGGAAAUAAUGUGACGCAAAUACGGCAUAAAAGCUGCACACGUGUCAGGCUGAAAUCGUGGCCUUCCAGGCAAUGACGCUUUCUGUCUUUUGCCCAUAAAUGAGCAUCUUUCAACAGUCGAGCGUUCAGAAGGCGGCGAUACCUUCCAUCGCCGCCGUCUUGGAUGAUGACGGAGGUUUGGAAAUGUGCUGGGAACAAGUUGGCUUGCUCUGAAAAAGGGACCGGUGUAGGUGGAUGAUUCACAGCGCCUGAUUGACGGAGGGGAGCCUGAUUCAUUGGGUUUGAUGGCGGGUCUGUCAGCAGAGCAGUCAGGUUUGCAGUUUGCGAGUGGAAAACUUGAAGGUGGACGGCUCGGCUUGUGUUGCGUCGACAUCUCAGCAGAGAAAAGCUCCUACAUGAAUGUAAACAAACAAUGGCUGCUUUUAGAGCGAAACAAAGCCCCAAAGAGAGCAGAGGCGGAUCGUGUCAUCGUCCCGUCUUUGUCUCUUUCUCGGAGUGUGAGGUCAGAUCAAACAAUGCGCCGUAGUCGCCUCGAUCUCUGUCACUUUCUGGAUCUCUUCAUUCAGAAUCGCCCCUCCUACAUCCUUAAAUUUAGCAGAUUUGAACAAUAACAAAACAAAUUGCAGAGCAAGUGGAUAUUUCAAGGCCUUCUAAAAGAAUCAGUCACGGCAAACGUGUUUAAAGCGUUUGGUUUACUUUAGGUUGGUGUUUCGUACAUUGUGAACUUGAUAGACAAGCCAGUGUACAUAUUUUGUGACACAUAGAGACGGAGUAUAUUUUAUCAAUGAAGCAGUUAGUAGUUGUUUUGUACAUGCUGCAGUGUUUCAGCUCACCGUAGGAAGAGAGAUGAAGAGCAAUAUUUUUAUUCUGUAAGAGUAAAUAAACCCAGAGAAAAGUGAAAAACCAGCAUCAGAAACGUUGGGAUGGAAAAGUUUGCUGUUGAGCCUCAGACUGAUGUUUAGCUGAUGAAACAUUUUUGACCACUGACGAAAGGGACGUUUCAUCGAGUUGAAGGCGGUUGGUCUCCGUCUCCUACAGUCAGACGAUGAGACGCAUCUGAAGCAGGUUCCCAGUCCCCAACACAGUGUUAAGAAAUGUUGAUACAAUCCAAUCUAUUAGGAAGUGAUGCAUCCAUUUAUCAUCCGUAAAGGGCAUGAGAGCCGAGUGUCUGUCUCUACCGGUCAGUGUGGGGGUCAGGGCUUCUCCAGUCCGCCACAGGGUCAACAGAUCCCCUGACUUUACUGGUAACUCCCAACGUUUUUCAGCAAAGUUGGCACUUCUUAUCUUGGUGCAAAAAAGUUUACAAAUGAGGCUGAUAAAAAGUUUUUAGAUGCGUUUUUGUUCAACUGAGGAAAGGAAAAAUGCUCCAUCCUACUGUGGGGCGUUGGUAUCCGUCUCUUGAGGUUAACAGACAAGAGACACUUGAAGCAGGUUCCCAGUCCAACACCUGGUCAAGACUUGUGUUGAUAUAAUCCAGUCUGUUAGCAAGCGACGCAUCCACCCAUCUUUACAAGGUCAUGAGGGACUGGUGUCCGUCUCGACCGGCCACAGAGGGCCCAGUGGGAACACCUCAAUGUGCCACAGGGCCCACAACUACCCUGACUUCACUGGUUCUGCGUCCAUCAUCAUGGUUGUUGCCAUUCACCAGCCUGUAAGUUCAUUCCUGUUUCUGAAAUGUCCAUCGAUGUAGGAGCAAAUUUAAAGUCUUUAGUUGUGAGAGAAAGAUCAGUGAUGUCAGCAGUUUGAUGAAACAUUAGACGUUUCCUCCAGCAGUAAAGCUAAAAGGUCCUGUGUUUGAGGGAAAGUGAAGGUUCUCAUCACCUCAUGGAUUCAUCCACCCAACUGUAGUGAACGGAGAGACUCAGUCCGGUUGAUUGACCUUUAGACCCUGUGUCAUGCUGCAUUGAUCCAUGGAUAACUCAACAGAGCCACCGAUACAUGAUGAGCGAUAAGCUAGUGGGACUCCAUUAAAGGCACAAAGUCCUGCCACAGAAACGGUUCGCGAUCCCACAGAUCCAGAUAUCUGGUCCUGGAGGAAGACGCUUCUGGUUGAAAGUCGGCGCGGCGGCGUGAGAGCGGCAAGUUCUUCGAGGCUUCUAGAGCGACGCCCAGCUGUUGAUGUUGUAGUUGAUGUUGUGGUUGACGGUGUUUUUUGUUUACCUGAACUUCUAAUGUUAUAUAUUUCAUUGGUUUCCGAGUGCCAUUUAUACUUGACUACUGUUACUACUACUUAUUUAUUUCGAGCUGUUCUUGCUCUGUGUGACUGUGGGCUUUAUAGCUGAGUGACUUGGGACUCGUUUGAACUUUGUCUGUAAUUUAGGUUCUCAAAGGCUGAGCAGACCUGAGAUCAGCUGAUUGGGGUUGGAUUAGAAACGCUUCAGAGCGUCGAUCUUUAACAGAAACGGAUGGAAACAACCAGAACCAUUGGCAUCAGUUACGACUCGUAAUUGGAGAAAGUCAGUCUUUGUCUUUUCUGUCUUGGUUUUGAGCGUUUUUAGGGGAAAGUGACUGAUUGAAGCUGAUUCCAGGACUUCCUGCUUUGGAAACCUUGUCUUUAUGUCUGUUAGUCUAAAUUACUUAUUUCUACUGAAUUAUGUCACUGAAAUAUGUUACUAUUUCCACGUUGACUGGAUUUUCACUGAAAAUGUAGAUAUUUUUUUUCUUGAAUUCAAGGCUAAAUAUAGUAACACCUGACUGGUGCUGUGCAAUGCCUGUUUCCUGUUAUUCUGCCACAGCAGAAAUCUAAUUUUUGUUCCGUAAAUGGAAAACAUCAGCCCCCAAACUGGAUGAGAAACUGAAGAAAUAAACACUUAUAAUACA